UCUACAGGGACGUCAUGCAGGAGAAUUAUGAGACUGUGACCUCACUGGGACUCCCCAUUCCCAAACCUGACCUAGUCACCCGGCUAGAAGCAGGGGAAGAGCCAUGGCUCCCGGAUUUCCAGGCCUCCGAGGAAAGGAAGCUCCCAAGAGGUACUGGCACAGUCCAAGCAAUGAUUCCUGCCUGGAUUCUCUGUCCCACAGCAGGUGACAAGACAAAGAGUGAGAACAAGGAGGGGGAUCCACAGCAGAAAUGUCCUGAACAAGUGGAGCUGCAGGGGACAUUUUUGAGAAGAGCUGAAGAGAAUUUUUCCCAGUGCUUGGAACAGAGUAAAGCCUGGAGUAAUUGGCACAGGUCAGAGAGGAAGUUGGGAAACUGCCAAAGGAAGAAAGUGGAUGAAUCAAUUGAAUGUGGGGGGGCAGGCAGGGAUCCCAAGGAAAUCACAGCCCAGCAGACAAAUCACAAGGAAAAUAAACCCUAUAACUGCUUGGACUGUGGGAAAAGUUUCAGUCGGCGCUCCGUCCUUAGUAACCAUGAGAGAAUCCACACGGGAGAGAGACUGUAUAAAUGCUUGGACUGUGGGAAAAGCUUCAGUCAGUGCUCAGGCCUUAUUAACCAUAGGAGAAUCCACACAGGAGAGAGACCCUAUAAAUGCUUGGACUGUGGGAAAAGCUUCAGUCAGCACUCAGGCCUUAUUAACCAUGGUAAAAUCCACACUGGAGAGAGACCCUAUAAAUGCUUGGACUGUGGGAAAAGCUUCGAUCGGAGCUCAAAUCUUACUACCCAUCGGAGAGUGCACACAGGAGAGAGACCGUAUAAAUGCCUUGAGUGUGGGAAAAGUUUUAGUCAGCUCUCAGGCCUUAUUAGCCAUGGGAGAAACCACACGGGGGAGAGACCAUAUAAAUGCCUUGAGUGUGGGAAAAGUUUUGGUGUACCAUCUUCCCUUAUUAUACAUCAGAGGACCCACACGGGAGAGAAACCCUAUAAAUGUUUGGAGUGUGGGAAAAGCUUCAGUCAGCGCUCACGCCUUAUUAGCCAUGAGAUAAUCCACACGGGAGAGGGACCAUAUAAAUGCCUUGAGUGUGGGAAAAGUUUCAGUGCACCAUCAGUCCUUAUUAUACAUCAGAGGACCCACACGGGAGAGAAACCCUAUAAAUGCUUGGACUGUGGGAAAAGCUUCAGUCAGCGCUCAGUCCUCAUUACUCAUAGGAGAAUCCAUACAGGAGAGGGACCAUAUAAAUGUCUCGAGUGUGGGAAAAGUUUCAGUGUACCAUCAGCCCUUCUCAUACAUCAGAGGACCCACACGGGAGAGAAACCCUAUAAAUGCUUGGUCUGUGGAAAAAGCUUCAGUCGGAGCUCACAUCUCAUUAGCCAUGGGAGAAUCCACACUGGAGAGGGACCAUAUAAAUGCUUGGACUGUGGGAAAAGCUUCAGUCAGCGCUCAGUCCUUAUUAACCAUGGGAGAAUACACACAGGAGACGGACCAUAUAAAUGCCUUGAGUGUGGGAAAAGUUUCAGUGUACCAUCAGCCCUUCUUAUACACCAGAGAACCCACACGGGAGAGAAACCCUAUAAAUGUUUGGAGUGUGGGAAGAGCUUCAGUCAGCGCUCAGGCCUUAUUAGCCAUGGGAGAAUCCACACAGAAGAAAGACCCUAUAAAUGCUUGGACUGUGGAAAAAGCUUCAAACGGAGCUCAAAUCUUAUUAUUCAUCGGAGAUUGCACACAGGAGAGAGACCCUAUAAAUGCUUAGACUGUGGGAAAAGCUUCAGUCAACGCUCGGGCCUUAUUAGCCAUGGGAGAAUCCAUACGGGAGAAAGACCCUAUAAAUGCUCAGACUGUGGGAAAAGCUUCGGUCAGCGCUCAGUCCUUAUUAACCAUUUGAGAACACACACAGGAGAGAGACCCUAUAAAUGCUCGGACUGUGGGAAAAGCUUCAAUCGGAGCUCAAAUCUUAUUACCCAUCGGAGAUUGCACACAGGAUAGAGACUGUAAAAAUACCUUGAGUGUGGGAAAAACUUUGGUGAGAGCUCAAAACAUCAGGACAGAAAUCAUAUAAGUGCCUCCACUGUGGGGUAAGUUUCAUUCAAAGAUCAAACCUUGCUUCAUAUCAGAUACUCUACACAAGAGAGAAACCCCAUAAGUGCUUGAAUGAUGGGAAAAGCUUCAAUAACUGCAGGAAAAAAUUCAGUCUGAGCUCACACAUUAUUCCACAUUCGAUAAUUCACAGAAGAAAGACCUUGAAUGUGAUGGAAGCUUCAUUUGGUGCUCACACCAGAGACUUCUCCAUAUAGGAGAUAAAUUCUCUCACUGCCCUGACUAGGGCUGGCCUUAGUAAAAACUCCAUUUCCCAAUUCCCACACCCCUCAGUGGCAUGUGGCUCCCAGGUAUCCAGCUGCCCCUGCCUGGGGGCAGGUUCCAGCAGCAGCUGACCCUGAGCUGUUCAGGGACCCCCUUGUUUGCCUUGUUUAAGCAAACCCCAGGCAGAGGAGGUGAAGUACCAAUCAGCCCCUGCUGCAGCCCUGGCUGCUGAACUGAUGGGCCUUCCUGCCUCCUGCUAACCUGCUGGGGGAAGGGAGAGAGAAACUCCUAUAGAAGAUCCCUCUGCCUGGAUGAAGUUCCCCCAUCUCUCUUCCCUUCCAGAUGUGAUGCCCCUUCCAUGGAGAUGAGGGGAGGGAUACUUGGGCCAGGCCCCACAUUCACGCUGGACACCUGUCCCCAUUUUCCAGCUGUCCCUGGGCUGGACUUCCCCACUUAUCUGGAGUUGGUCCCUGCGGGGUGAGUGUCCCUGGGGGUUGGCAACUCUUCCCCUCCCUAAAUCCACUAAAGUGCUAGGUUCUGGGAGAUCAAAUGUGAAGGGACCAGGAGGGAUGGGUUUUGGGGAGGAAAUUGGGGGAUUGUAUGGUUGGGGCUGGUGGAUGUGGGAUGCAGAGGGUGCUGGGGAAAUCAAAUGUUAGGGAUCAUGGGAUAAGAGAGGAGAGUAAAGGGAAGAGAGCUGCUGCCUCUUAUCACUCCCUCUGUCCCUUUUCCCUGCCCUCUCUGCAUUUGGAAAGCACCACUGAUUUCCACAGGGUCCUUUAUGGGAUGCCUGAAGGCUUAAGGAUCCUGUUACCCCAAAAUUUGGACCCAAGGUGCCCUAAUAAUGGCCUCCCUAUAACUGCAAACCAGUUGUGAAUUUGGCCCAUCUCAAUGGGUGGCCUGCCCUAGAGGAAUUGCCUGUGUUUUAUCAGGGAGUGAGUCUCUAACCCUCAGCCAACUCCUCAGAACAGAUUAGUUCUGUUUACUCUGGGAGGAUAGGUAUACAGCCCUCCGCUCAAAGGAUUGACACUCAAGCAGUAAUCAUUUGAAAACAAAAUAACAUUUAUUUAAACAAAUCGGUUAGUGUACUUAAUAAUUGAGAAAAUACAAUGCAACACAAGCUACAGUAGAGCGACACAAUAAACUACAUGACUCAUAUAGCAGAUACAAUGUUGCACAAUUCAGUACACAGACCAAUAUGUAUAAAGCCUUAAUACAAUGUUGCAAUAUUUUAUCAACCUAUUACAAUGUAACAUACAGAUCCCUUAUACAUAUAUAUAGAACAGCAUUACAAUAUUACAUGUUAAAUUACAUUAUUAAGUAAUAACAUUCUAUGAGUGGUGAUCAGUCAAUCAGAGAAUAGGUGGGGUAAAAUCCAUUCAGACGCAGGCAUCCAGCUUUAUUUACAAUCAUACCCCUGCAUUCCUUAUAAUCGAGAGGUUUCAGAGAGUUAUACUUACUUUCCUUUUUCUUAAAUCCUUCUGUCUGGUCUCAGUCAGGGCCGGCUUUAUUAACUGCGGGGCCUGAUUCAAAUACCUGGCGGCCGUCCGGGGCUUCGGCAGCACUUCAGCGGCAGGGGGUCUGCUCUGGGUCUUCCGUGGCACUGAAGGACCUCCCGCCGCUGAAAUGCCGCUGAAGACCUCCGGAGCAGACCCCCUGCCGCCAGAAUGCCACCAAAGACCCCUGGAGUGGACCGCGGCUGGGUGAGUUUAAAAAAAAAAGCUAAAAGAGCCAAAGGUGUGGGGCCCUGGUGGGGGCCCAGUUCCAGGGAAUUGGGCGAAUCGGCCUAAAACUGGCCCUGGUUUCGGUCCUUCUGCUCUGUCAAAAGCGAUUCCAGUUCUUGAUGGAUUCUUUCUUCUCUCCACUCUCUCGAUCUGCUUAUCUCCGCUCUUUGACCUGUUCCUCUCUGCUUUCCUCUCAUCUUCUCCGUUCACUUCACACCCACACUGAUGCCUGUCAGCUCUCUGCCUUAUAUACAAUUUUUGAGCCUUUCUGAUUGAUUGUUCUCUCAGUGCCAGUGAUAAGCAUAGUCCCCUCCUGGUGGGGUGAUACCUGUUUAGCCAAUCAGCUUUGCCUGUCAUUUGAGCUGGACCCAGCUGAGAACCUCCUUCUCACCUGACUGACCCCUCACUUCAGGUAUUUGGUGUGAAUUUAAUCUCGCCUUGCUGAAUUUUACUUAACCCCAGUUGCCUGCAUGCUAUUGGUCAAUUCAACCUAAAUCCUCCAUUUUGAUUUUCUGAGGUAAAAUCAUUGUUGAUUUCUAGCUAACCUUACCUUAAACUAUCUCCAUUUAAUACUUGUAAAAAGCCUUAAAUCUACAACUAACUACAUUUUUAUGCAUGUCUAAACAUUAUGAUACAGUCACAACUUUUGUUAUGCUAAUUGGCGCAGGUGAAAUUUACAAUUUUUUUUUCUCUGCCUGCUUACAGCUGUGUGGCUGAAUGCUCUCCUGAGAGACUGCUUUCCACAGGGUCUUUUGUGGGAGGCCUAAAGGCCUUGGGAUCCCACCUUUGUCUCCACAGCUUCAGCUUCUGAGGAAAAAUGGUUGGGAUUAGCUAGUGAAUCUCCUCCGACCCUCACCCACUUUUCCUAGUCUAGACUGACCAUCUUAUAUAUUCUAGUCCCCCCCCCCAUUAGCAAAGCAAUUAUUGGAAUCACUGAGUUCCCCAUUGCUCCUGGUUAUGCCAAAAACAUUUAUAUUUUGUCCCUUAGAGAGCAGAAUUAAAUAGAUUUUAAAAGUGCUUUAGCAGGGAUAGCAAAAUGUGGUGUUUUGAGGUUUGUGUUAUAUGAAGGUGAUGGGGUGAGUAGGAGGGAUUCCCUCUUCACUUUACUGUCACACUCCACCCCAGCACAGCAGCAUCUGUCCGACCCUUUGAGAGUUUAUCCUCUCCGCCUUCCACCCGCACCUCCCACUUUGAUUUCUUUGAUCCUGAAUCAGAUUCCCAAGGACUAGAGCUGAAAGUGUCCCAGACCUGGAGGGGGAAUUCAAAUGAAGCCCCAAACUCUGUUUUACCAUUCUCAGUUUAAAUCCCUGUUUAUAUUUAUUGGUAAAGUAGCUUCUGGGCUUUUUCCAACCACGUCCAGAACAUUUGGAGAUGGGAAGAUUUUGGCUUUGGUUUGUUUUUUUUUCUUUUUUUCUUUCUUGCAUUAGGAUGAUGCUAAAAGUUUUGUAAAUGACAACCAAAUAAUGAGUAGGUGCUGAGUACAGGAGGUUUAGCCAUUUAAGAUAAUAGAUACAUUUGUUUUCCACAUUUUGGGGGUUAUGAUUCUGUGGGAUUUCACUUUAUGAAGCUGAUAGUGUUUUGUAGCCCACCUUGUAGUGUUGGUUUCUCUCUCUUCCUGAAGGCCAUUUGGUCACAUACUUUGAUAUUUAGUUUGACAGGAUGUAGUAUAGUUUAUUGAGGACUUCACGAGACAAAUGAUCAUUUGCCAGACGAGUCCUUUCUUAUUUUAUUCUAAUCUUUCUUAAUCCUUUGUUAUGAGACCUUUGUGUUGUUUGAACAAUGAAUGGGUGAGUGCUAGAUUCACACUGAGAGGCCGAGACUGAAAGGGGCAUGGAUUUCCUGCCUGAUCCCUGCAGAGAUGUGAUAUCCAGUCUGAGGGGGACAGGGUGGGAGGUGAGGGGGACAGAGCUGGAAAACUGUAGACUUUUCUCUUGAGAGCUAGAUACCUGAGGCUGAGAACUGUGAAUUGCUGCACCAAUGCCAGAGAGAUACUGGAAUUGCCCUGUGAGUGUUGGGUGAAGCCCUCCCUCAAAUCUAAAUGGCUACAAAUGAUGCCCUGAGAGGAAUGAAGAGGGGAGGGGCAGUAUCUCCUGACUGGUGAGAGGACAAGGCUGGGAAGAAAGAAGCUGGAGAAAUCAGCAGGCCUGGUCCAGCCUUGAAGCUCGGCUGACCCCCACAUCAUAGAGGCCACAGAGAGAUGAGGAGCCUGACAACCCAGUUGGUCAACCCCUUCCCCCUAUACCAGAGUGGGGAUGACAGCAAUUCUCUCUGCCCUGCUCACCCCACACUGCAUCCCUCUAGUCUCAGUGCCUUGGAUUCCCUGCCCUCAGAGUGUUUGCUUUGUGACUGGGUCCCAGAAUCUCUCCUGGAUUCUCUGCACUUUUCUACCAGUUUGUAAAUGUCACUAUGUUGCUAGUGCAUGGGGGAUUUGGGUGCAGCAAUGUACUGGGCUGGGGAUGAAAAGUACCAUGCUGAGCGGGGCUGGGGAGUGGGGAAAGGAGUCUGUCUUUGUUCAUCCUUUGAAAUAAUAAAGUAGAAUUUAGUUUCUCCCACUCCCAUUGUUCUUUUGUUUUGCAUUAAAUAUUCACCAGAUUCAGAGUGGCUGUU